CAGCGGCGGCAGCGAGAUGAGAGGUGGGCAUCUCGAAGGCCGCGCCGCACGAAAGAUGUGAAGCCCCGGCUCAAUUCGCAGACAAGUGAACCUCACUCACUCACGGAAUCGGCGUGCGAGCGAGCGGCUCGGCUGUUUGUCUCGGGAGAAGGAAUCGAUCGGUUCAGUUCUCUCGGACACCCGUACGCACGACCGACCGAAAAACCGACCGACAGCGUCCGGCAGGAUGAGCAGCACGAUGCAGACGUCGCUGCAGGCCGAUCCUGCUAAGAGGCACCGCCACAUUUUCGACAAGAAGCUGUCGGACGACUCGCUCGUCGUCGGACGGGACAACAAAUGGCCUUCGUUCGGCGUCCAGUCCAACAAGUUUCCGCUCGCGUCCGCGCGCAGGAGCACCGUGCCGAUGUCCGACUUCCCCUCGAUCGAGGGAAGCAACGAGACCAACGACAUCGCCGCCGCUUUUGAGAACAUGAAGAAAAAGAACUCGCUCAUCAGCGCCACGGGGCCCGGCGGCCUCGUCGGGAGGCCGCCGGUGGCCACCACGGUCGGCCUGAAUCAGACCAACCAAAGCACCACGGCCCAGUCCGCCGCUCAACAGAUCGUGCAGUCGAGCAGCGCGUCGUCGACGAGUUCGCGAGUGGCCAAGCGAGUGCAGCACACGAGCAGCAGCAGCCACCUGAGCCACCAGGUGAGCGAACUGAAGGCGUCCUCAGUCAAGUCGGACCUGUCGGAGUUGCAGUCGAGCAUUUCCGAGAUGAAGAACCUGUCGAGCACCAGCAGUAGCAGCAGCAGCGUCACCACGCAGCAGAGCAGCAACUUCCGCACCGCCGCCACUGCCCUGUCGACGGCCGCCGGCGCCCUGAACGGCGUCUCCGACCUGCUGCGCAACUCCCUGGAGCAGCUGGACGCCGACGACAACGUCAUGGGCGACGCCGAGGUCGGCAACGGCGAGCCCAUCAUCACCUUCCCCGAGCCGGACACGCCGACGACGCCGCCGGCCAUCGGCGCCCUCACCUCGCCCAACCUGGUGGUCAACAGCAUGGCCCUGGCGGGCACCAACAACAGCAGCGCCACCACCACCGCCUCCGAGAUGAAGUUCGAGCAGAAGCGGGUCACGUCGGCCACCAAGACCAAGGUGGUCACCGACUCCUUCAGCACCGGGGAGGUCACCUUCCAGCAGCAGAGCGCGGCGGCCGCGGUCAGGUCGCGCCUCGAGAUGGAAGGGGUCACCGCCGAGAAGAGCGCCGCCAUCAAACAGGAGCAGCGAUCCAUCAAAUCCAGUGAGGUGACGCAGCAGGAGAGCCAGAACAUUGCCGCCUCCAGUGUCCGCCUCCAGACUGAAGCUUUUAGCACUGAAAAGAAGGCUGUAAGUGCCCAACAGCAGAGACAAACCGUAACCUCGUCAGGCAGCAUAUUCAGCAGCAACCAGGAACACGUGUCAACGUCGUCACAGUCGAAUUUCACCUCCAUUGUCACAAAAGACGUGCACACAAAAUCUUCUUCGGCGUCAGUCGUUUCGUCGGCGCAGAUGAGCUCUUUAGUGAACGGAUCAAACAUGUUGAGCGUUGAGGAAGACAAUGGUGCGUUGGUUCUUGAAGACCUGGAGCGUCUGUCUCUGGUGUCGAGUCAGCAGGACGUGGAGCGGGCCAUCCAGAAGUGCACCACCUAUCUGAACAGCCAAAUGCCCAAGCUGACGCAGCCGACCGAAGCCAUCCAGAGUCUGACGCGCGUCAACGAUCUGGUGCGCAGGGCAUGGGCCGUGCCGACCCACGGACACGAGCUCGGUUACUCGAUCUGCAACUCGCUGCGCACCAGCGGCGCCCUCAACCUGCUCAUCGAGAACUGCGUGCAGUCGGAGGCCAACCUCAGGUUCUCCAGCGCCCGUCUGCUCGAGCAGAUCCUUACCACUGAGAACAGGGCGCACGUGGUGCAGCAUGGCCUGCAAAAGGUCGUCAGUGUCGCCUGCAACAGCACCAAAACCUUCAACACAGUCGAGCACUCCAGAGUCGGCACCGGCAUCCUCGAGCACCUUUUCAAACACAGCGAAAGCACCUGCAGUGAGGUGGUGCGAUUGGGUGGACUGGACGCGGUCCUGUUUGAGUGCAGGAAAAACGACGUGGAGACACUGCGGCACUGUGCCGGCGCCCUGGCCAACCUGUCGCUGUACGGCGGCGCUGACAACCAGGAGGCGAUGAUCAAGCGCAAGGUGCCGAUGUGGCUGUUCCCUCUGGCGUUCCACGACGACGACAACAUUAAGUACUACGCGUGCCUGGCCAUCGCCGUGCUGGUCGCCAACAAGGAGAUCGAGGCCGCCGUGCUCAGGUCGGGCACGCUGAACCUCGUCGAGCCUUUCGUCUGCUCACAUAAUCCGUCCGAGUUCGCAAAGUCGAAUCUGGCGCACGCGCACGGCCAGAGCAAGAACUGGCUGCAGAGGCUGGUGCCUGUGCUCAGCUCAAAGCGCGAGGAGGCUAGGAACUUGGCCGCCUUCCACUUUUGCAUGGAAGCCGGCAUCAAGAAGCAACAAAACAACUCGGAGAUCUUCAAGGAAAUCGGUGCUAUCGAGCCUCUCAAGAAGGUUGCCAGUUGUCCAAACGCAGUGGCCUCAAAGUACGCCGCCCAAGCACUGCGCCUGAUGGGUGAAGAGGUGCCGCACAAACUUAGCCAACAGGUGCCUCUGUGGUCGUCAGAAGACGUCAGAGAAUGGGUUAAGCAGACCGGCUUUACGGAAUACGCACAGAAUUUUGUGGAAUCAAGAGUGGAUGGAGACUUGCUGCUGCAGCUGACUGAAAAUAAUCUCUGUGAUGACAUUGGCAUCACGAACGGAAUUAGAAGAAGAAGGUUCACUAGGGAACUGCAAAAUCUGAAGAAACUUGCCGACUACAGUAGCAAAGACGUUAGCAACCUCAACUCCUUUUUGCAAAAUAUUGCCGUCGAAUUCUCUAUUUACACGUAUUCCAUGCUCAACGCUGGCGUUGACAGGGACUCAAUUAGAAGCUUGACUGAGAAUCAACUAGCAAACGAGUGUGGAAUUUCAAACAGCAUCCAUCGACAAAGGAUUCUCGAGUCGAUCGGCGGCCUGGAGAGCGUCGUCAACUCGUCGCAUGAAGAUCUGGCCAAGCCUCUUGACGUCUUCGUCAGCUACAGGCGCUCCAAUGGAUCUCAACUCGCCAGUUUGUUGAAAGUCCACUUGCAAUUGCGGGGAUUCUCGGUGUUCAUUGAUGUUGAGCGUCUGGAGGCUGGAAAAUUCGAUAACAACCUGCUGCAAAGUAUCCGAAAUGCCAAACACUUCUUACUGGUUUUAACUCCUAACGCGCUGGACCGCUGCAUCCAAGACGUCGAAUGCAAAGACUGGGUUCACAGGGAGAUUGUUGCUGCACUGCAGUCUCAGUGCAACAUUGUCCCAAUAAUCGACAACUUCGCGUGGCCCGAGCCUGAAGAGUUGCCAGAGGACAUGCGCGCCGUGUGCCACUUCAACGGCGUCCGCUGGAUCCACGACUACCAAGACGCUUGCGUGGACAAGCUGGAGCGAUUCCUCAAGGGCGAGAUGAAUUUGCGCGGCGGAGGCGGCGGCACCACCACCAGCAGCCUCAAGGGCGAGAACACGCCCUCCACGCCAAGCAGCACCAUCGGCAGGCAUCCGCCCACCUUUCAGCGCACCCUGAGCAACGACUCGGGCAAGGGCAAUGACAACAAGGACAUCAACGGCAACUCAGGGAGUGCCGGGAUUCGGCGGGACUGACUAGACGGCCACGCCUCGGCAGCUAACCUUUCGAAGUUGCGCAACCAGAAAGGUCGUCCGCCCGCGAGUCCACUACUCCGUCCACGCCGUGUCGCGCAGAUCGCCGGACACAGCAGCCCACGACCACCAAAGAUGCCGAGCAGGACACACAGCUUGGACAACAUGCUGGACAGGGAGAGUUCGCAAGAGCCAAUUGGGGACGAGGCCGCCGUGGUGAAGGCCUGCGAGAAGUACUUGAGCGCCACAGAACUGAACCAGCCGACCGCCCCGGAGCGGCCGGUGCGCGCCGCGCCGCCCCUCGCGCGCGGCCACAGCUGCGACGAGGCGGCCACCGCCGGCCAGCGAAGCUGCAACGACGGCGUCCGCUCCGAGUCGGUCUUUUCGCUUGAUGAGCCCAAGCGCAAACGCAAUUUCAUGGACAAGUGCGUCAACAAGGUGCGCUCCUUCAUAAAAAAGUAGUGAUUUUUGUACAUUUAUUGAUGUCACACACAACAAUACUUUCUCUUCUGUUACGCAGGGACCUUGAUUAGUUGUCGGAUCUAGAGAUUUAGCGUGUAGCCGUAGGUUAACAUUCUUUUCUCGAGCUAAAAGAUGCAUAUAUACUUAUCAGGAGGUCUCCACUCAAAAACCACUACAUUAAUUAAUAAAAGCAGCUUUAAUUGCACUGAAUGGCCUUAACCAUUGUCUUUGUAUGCCUUAUUUAAUAAGUGUCGACAUUCUCAAGGGCUGAGCUUUUUGAACCGACCGGUUCUAAAUAACCGUUUUUUCCAAUCAAAAACAACAAACAGGAACACCUUUUGAGUAAUUUGUAGUAUUUUCCACAACUCUUCUGUAUUCCACUCAUUAGUUGGUAAAUAAUCCAGGUUAAUUAGAAAACUAAUCAAUUCUGAGCUAGAUUAUUAAAAAAUACAGGAAAUUGAGUUGUAAAUAUUUGGAAUUCGGUGCAGAGAAUUAUUGACAUUUGUGUUACUGAUUACAGAAGCUAGUCCAAUUCAAUUUCUUACAAACAGAGGAAGGGGAAGUUGAUUUAUUUUGUCCGAGAUACAUGUGCGUAAGGAAUAUUUCCUGUCUGUUAAGUUAGGGUUAAUUUUCAGCUUGUGAGCGUACCACAAUUUCGUGUGUAUAAACGACAAUUUUAAUUUUUAAGUAGACCUUGUGAGUCAAUUUUAGUUGGUUGUAUAUCAUUCUCUCAUACAUAUGACGACUUGUAAAGCUAGGCAGGCGAUUAAUAUUAUUUGUACAUUUUUGUCGACUUCAUGCCUUGGAAAGAAUUUACUAUCAUUAUUAACCGCAAUUGGAGACACGCCAGCAUUUUCAAGAAUUUGCUUCCUCCUAUGUAUCUACUUUGAUAUUAUUUAUUAACAAAUCUUAUAAUAAACACACACACACACACGCACACACAAACACAUGAAACUUCUAUAUUUGGCGAACGUGCGCCAGGUUGGAAAAAUAAAGAGCAUUAUUAGUUUUAAUUAAA